GAGAGGAACCAUGCUGCUGAUUUUUCAUGCUGAAAUCCUAGUUCUGGCUUCCUUCCAGAUUGUAUCCACUGCUCACAUCACAGCCCCAGAUCCCUGCACAGCCUACAUCAGUCUGAACGAGCCCUGGCGGAACACUGACUAUCAUGUAAACAACUCAGCUGGCGUGCCUUUAUGUGACCGCCAUGUUUCCGGGGAGUGGUACCGCUUUACUGGUAUGGCUGGUGAUGCCAUGCCUACUUUCUGCAUUGAAGAGAACCUCUGUGGAACCCAUGCACCCAUUUGGCUCAACGGCAGCCAUCCGUUACCCGCUGAUGGAAUCGUAACAUUACCAACAUGUGCCAGUUUCAAUAAUGACUGCUGCCACUGGCAUGGAACAGUAGACAUCAAAGCUUGCUCCAAGGGUUACUAUGUCUAUCGCCUGCCACGACCCACUGUCUGCUUCCACGUGUACUGCGGCCAUUUUUACGACAUUUGUGAUGAAGUGGAGUGCACUGGUGCUGACUGUACACAGGUGCCAGAGUGCCGUUGUCCUGCUGGGACAGUACUGGGCCCAGACUCUCAGACUUGCCUGGACGUGAAUGAGUGUGAGACAAACAAUGGAGGCUGUGCUGAAGUUUGUGUUAACACAAAGGGCUCCCAUCGCUGUGAAUGCGGUCCAGGACGAGUGCUGGAUGCUGACGGCCGUCACUGCAAUGAUAUUGCAGGCUGCCACAAUGGAAAUGGAGGCUGUAGCCAUGGAUGCUUAUCAAAUGAGGAUUUAUACUACUGUCACUGUCCUAGAGGCCUAAUGCUCGGGGAGGAUAAGCGCACCUGCCAGGUUCCAGUGCAGUGCAAUCCCAGCUCUAUUGAGGUGUCCGUUCCUAAAGAUAUUGUUGGUGGGCUGGAGUUGUUCCUAUCCAACUCUUCUUGUCGUGGAGUCUCAAAUGGAACCCACAUCAACCUGCACUUCAGCCUGAAGACCUGUGGCACUGUGGUCAAGGUAAUCAAUGACAAAAUUGUUGGAACAAAUUUAGUCACAGGAUUGCCAAAGUCAAGUCCAGGCAGCAGUGGAGAUCUAAUUGUGAGGACCAGCAAGCUGCUGCUGCCAAUUACCUGUGAGUUCCCAGGACACUAUGAUGUAUCAGAUGGUUAUCAUCCCAGUGUGAGCAGCUCAGCACUGGAGCUGUUGGGACACAGUGAGGGAAUCUUUCCCUUCACACUGGAGCUGUUUAAGAGUGCUAAAUUCUCCGAACCAUACAACACCCCUCCACAGCUGCGCCUACAGGAUGCUCUGUAUUUCGGUGUGGAGCCACGCGAGCGUGUUAAUGGCCUUGCUGCACUGGUAGAGAGUUGCUUUGCAACACCAGGACCCAAAGCAGACCAAGUACUCAAAUACUACCUAAUUAAAGAUGGCUGCAUUUCAGAUGAGACGGUGCGUCAGCUCUCAGCUAAAGAUCAACUUUCCCAACACUACCAGGUUCCUGUCUUCAAAUUCAUUGGCAGUGAUAACCGGGAGGUGUUCUUGCACUGCCGGGUUCUGGUUUGUGGCCAGGGAGAAUCACGCUGCUCACAAGGCUGUCGCAGACGUCUGAGGCGAGACAUCUGGACUGAGCAGUACCAAGAAAAACACACACUGACUGGAGGACCCAUCAUCAUACUGCCUGACCCAUGACCAUACACUUAAAUCUCUAAGACCCAUAAACUUUAUAUAAACUUAUAAAAUUUUAGAGAACAUGAAUCCCAUGAUAGAUUUAGGAGUUGUAAUGCAACUAUCCUUUUUAUGUGACCAUACUUUGUUAAAAAAUAUUGUUAGCUUCCUAAAAACUGCUUGGUAAGAAAUUACAUAUAGCUUCUUUUUUUUCUUUGUCCGUGUAAUUACCAACAAUGUUAAGUUAUAAGGUGCAUAUUUUGAAGCAUUACCUUUUUUUGCAUGGCAAGUUCAUGGCCAUAUGUUUGGUAAAUUGUGAAAGGGUUUUUUAAACAAAGAAGAAUGUUUAUUACAGUCCUAAAAGGAAAUGUAAAUGUCACAGUUGCAUCUAAUUUAAAGAGAUAAUACUUUAUGUACUGUAUAUAAAAGCCAGUGACAAUCCCACAUUAUGUAUCUAGCAAGGUCGUGUGUAUUUUAAACUUUACUAGUCCUAAAACAGAAUUGUAAGCAUUAACAUGUAUUGAUAUUCAUAUCUAUAUCAAUAUUUGUAUACCGUUCUCAGUAGCUAUAUGAACAUGUAAACAAAUAUGAAAUCUCUGCAAUAUACUAGUUACCACAGCAUAAAAUUGUGCUUAAAAUAAAUAACA